AUCAGGAGCCAAAAUGGCCGACCCAGUAUUCGGGAUCACUCUUGCGCCUCACGUUGUCGAAUGUGAUGGAGGGACAUGAGUGCCACGUUCUUUAUUACUGCAUGUCGAGCGCAACAUAAGUGAGCUCGUUGCUAACGUCUUUUUGCCAAUCUGGUUGGCCCCACGCGACAGAUGGCGCACUCGUCCAGUUCCUCGCUCCUGGCCAGGGCGUCGGACAAUCGCUUUGCCCGCAUCACGGCCACCGAUCAGGGCGCGACGCUUUGGGUCGUCACGCUUCUUUCCAUGAUUUAUGCUAUCUUGGUACUCGCAGUUCGUCUCGGGUUCACGAAAUGGAGGGCGCAUACCUGGGAUGACUUUGUCGUCGUAGUAGCACAUCUUCUAGCGUUUAGCAUGUGGGCCUUGUUGUUUUCAGCGCUGAAGAGUGGUCUCGGAAAAUCGUACAGCAUCGUAGAAGAUGCGGAUAUAUCUAGGACACAAGAGCUUUUUUACACGAGUCGAAUUUUGCUCUUCAUUGCACUCGCUCUUUCAAAAUGCUCUAUUCUCAUGCUCAUCCGAUCUGUGUUCGCGCGGAACGUUAAGGUCUCCAUUCUUGCAAUUGGCACCGGUGUCGUCGUUGUGGUACUGGGUCUGAUUGGAGUUAUUGCGACCGCAACCCGCUGUUCAGCUGAUGCUGUUAUACCAAAGCCCGGGAACGGGUAUUGUGUUGAUUCAGUGAGUACAUUCUCUGUCGCCCUAGAAAGACUGUAUCGGCUUGUAUGAGUGCGGCCUCGUAGGCGACGAACUCCCCGGCAACGUUCUAUUGCGAAUUCCACAGAUGUUUCUUCACAUACAAAGACUGACGUAGUAGAUUCCCUGGCUCAAGGCAAUUACUGCCGGUGAUAUGAUCACCGAGGUAAUCAUUAUGGCCUUACCAAUA